AUGGGGAGAAAUCAGACUUGGAUCACAGAAGUCAUCCUGCUGGGGUUCCAGGUUGAGCCAGCACUGGAGGUUUUCCUCUUUGGGUUAUUCUUGCUGUUUUAUAGCAUCACCAUGAUGGGAAAUGGGACCAUCCUGGGGCUCAUCUGGCUGGAUCUCCGACUGCACAGCCCCAUGUACUUCUUCCUCUCGCACCUGGCCAUUAUUGACAUGUCCUAUGCCUCGAGCACAGUCCCUAAGAUGCUAGCAAACCUUGUGAUGCAGAAGAAAUCCAUCACCUUGGGUCCAUGCAUUCUUCAGACGUUUUUGUAUCUGGCUUUUGCUGUUACAGAGUGUAUGGUUUUGGUGGUGAUGUCCUAUGACAGAUAUGUGGCCAUUUGCCACCCUUUGCAGUACACCAUCAUCAUGAGCUGGAGAGUGUGUGCUGGUCUGGUUGCCACUUGCUGGGCAUUUAGCUUCCUCCUGGCCCUGGUCCAUGUGGUCCUCCUCCUGAGGCUGCCCUUCUGUGGGCCUCAUGUGAUCAACCACUUUUUCUGUGAAGUCCUGUCUGUCCUCAAGCUGGCCUGUGCUGACACCUGGCUCAAUCAGGUGGUGAUUUUUGCAGCCUGCGUGUUUAUCUUGGUGGGACCCCUCUGCCUGGUGCUGCUCUCUUACACCCGCAUCCUCUUUGCCAUCCUGAGGAUCCAGUCUGGGGAGGGACGCAGAAAGGCCUUCUCCACCUGCUCCUCCCACCUCUGUGUGGUCGGGCUCUUCUUUGGCAGUGCCAUUGUCAUCUACAUGGCCCCCAAAUCCAGCCAUUCUCAAGAACAGAGGAAGAUCCUAUCAUUGUUCUACAGCCUUUUCAACCCUAUGCUGAACCCUCUGCUCUACAGUUUGAGGAAUGCAGAGGUGAAAGGUGCUUUGCGGAGAGCACUGUGGAAACAGAGGUCAAUGUGA